AUGGAAUCCCCUAUUCCUGGACGGCAGCAUCGAAUUCAAAGCGUUGUUUCGGAAACUUGGGGUCGUGGAACGGUGUACGACUGCGACUAUGACUAUGACUAUGACGAGGAAACAUUAGAUUCCAAGCGGUCCCUUGUUAAGGGUUCAAGAUCAAAAUUGAGCCAGAAGAUGUCAGGUCUUUCGGAACUUGAGAUAUGUUCCGAAGAUACUGAAACUGUUUUGAAGAACAGGUUGCCCUUCCUGUUAUCAGCCUUUUUUGCCACUAUUUUUGAAGAUGUAUUGGCACAAGUAUGGAUUUUGGAAAAUUGCAACAAUAGUUUGAAAAUCCAGAAGAUGAUGGCGGAUAUGGACUAUUUGACGGCGAUGAAGUAUAAUGUGCGUCGGAAUGAAGUAAAUGAUGAGCUUGUUGGAGUAAACGCUCAAAAUCUCAACAGUGUGAUUUUUAAGAUUAAAAAAUUAGAUACGGAUAGAAAAUUUUUGAAUAAUGUCAUGACGGCAACAUACUUAUCAUUGGCACAAACACAUAGCUUUGAACCACUUUCCAAAUGUAUCAAUUCAAUUUUGGAAUUAGACGAAUACCGUAUACAAAUAGCGGAAGAAGAAAGUAAAAAUAAGCUUAUACGUAAGGAACUGAGCAAACAAUUGAGACAGCAACAUAAUCAUAUAAGAACUGUUUUGUAUGAUACCGACGUAACUAUUGAUAGACUAAGAACCCAGGUGGAAGAUUCUGUUUUAUACUCUGAAGUUCGUGGUCGCUACAUAGAUAACUGGCAACGAGCAAGGACUGAACAACAUAAUCAAAGUAUUUAUGAUACUGAACAUAAGCCAGCAUCUGUCAUUGAAUAUUACAAAAAAAGAAGCGAUCAUGAAAUAAGAAUUCAUACAGAAGUGGAUACUCUUGUUUCGAUUGCGAUCAACGAAAUAUUACAACGAAUUGAAGAGUGGAUGGACAAAUAUGAUAAAGAUAUGGAAGCAAUUGAUCUUAAUAUACAAAGAAAGAAAAAUGAUUACCAAGACACGCGUGAGAGAAGAAAACGUCUUGAAGAAACGUUUGAUAAACAUAUAUCGCAAAUGAAGCUCUGGAACGACUUUAAGGAAGAACGGGAGAAAAUACGUGUUUACCGUGCUAAGAUGACAAAAUCGGCGAUAAUCGUGCAAGCUUGGUGGCGCGGUUUACUUGUACGCUUAGAACUUGGGCCAUUCAGACCUCGCAAGCCUAAACACGUUGCUAAAAAGAAGUAUGAAUAUUGA